AUGACUACCCCCAAAUACGACCCACUCGUUCAGGACUUGGUGAACUUUGUCUAUCGUACAGAAGAUAGAAAUCAAAGUUUUUCUCAAGCUGUCAAGAGUGCUACGGACCCGAAGAAUGGGGGAGACGGAGAGAUGUCCCAGGAAAAUAUCAGUACAUUGGAGGAUUAUUUUCGAUUCUGUGACGACCUCUUGAAAUGGGUUCCGGCAGUGGACACGACAGUGGACACGACAGACGACGCCCUCCUCCGGAAAUUAUUGGUUUUCUACUGGGUGUUUAAUCAACCCAGCGUUGCGGACUACCAAACCAGUAUUAAGCCCGAAAAUGCUGGAAGCGAUCCCAAGUGGCUCUCAUAUUGGCAGGUAGUCUACGCCCGGGCACUCGGAUCCUUCUUGAGUACCAAAGAAUCCACUUCUAAGAUUUGGACUUUCUACGAGAACCCUCUUUAUAAUCAAGAAAGUAAGCUGUGGCAGGACCCGCCAGAGCCAAAUAACGAGUGGGCGUCGUUCAAUCAGUUCUUCUCCCGGAAAUGGAAGGACAUCGACAUUGCGCGGCCACUAGACCAGAAGGAAAACGUCAUUGUCAGCGCUGCAGACUCCAAGUUUGGCGAGGACUUGCCAGUGGAGGAUGGAACUGUCACGAUCAAAGGAUUUUACUGGACAAUUAAAAAACUGGUACAGGGAUCGGUAGAUUUCAAUGUUGUAUCUUUCAUGCAUGCCUUCCUCGGUCCUACUGACUAUCACCGGCAGCAUGCACCAGUCAGUGGGAGAGUUGUGGAGGCCAAGGUGAUCCAAGAGCUUGUCUAUCUUCAGGUCACUGAUGACCCAAAUCAUACUGGUUUAGCCCCUGAUCGUGGUCUUUUAGUUAAAAAGCCAUUCCUAGGUAAAAAACGCCCGGGAGACCUUACUGCAGGCCGUGGACACGACUUCUAUGAUAUUACUGCGCCGGAUGAACCCGGCUACCAGUGGUGCCAGACUCGCGGGGUGAUUGUGAUUGAGACGGAGAAUCACGGCAAGGUUGCUGUGCUGCCAAUUGGCAUGGCCCAGGUUUCGUCGGUUGUUCUGACGGUGAAGGAAAACGAUGUAGUUGAAAAAGGCCAGGAGAUAUCUUAUUUCCAGUUUGGAGGGUCGGAUAUCGUUCUGAUCUUUGAAAAGCCCGUCCACUAUUCCGUGAAGGGGGGAGAUAAAUGUAAUGUGAGGAGCAAAAUUGCCACUUUUCUGUGA